AUCAUUUUAUAUGUCGAUGUGAAUGUGCGUUCGAAGCAAUGUGGUGUGACGUAAAUAUUAUAAUAAAAUGAUUAAUAAAUGCAAAGCAUCGUACGGGAAAACCCUUACGCCGUAUCAGUGCAGCUUCCUAAAAUAAGUUUAAUCUUACCACCUACUAAUUCGUUUUCAAGAUGAUAUUUCGAUCCAUCAUCAUAUUUAUUGGUCUUCUGAAAGUAUGCAGUUGUGCGCCGCGGCUAGAGUCAUUCUUGCAAUACUGCGUCCAAGCAGAACCACUAAAAGGAAAUUUGAUAGACGCAGAUUACUGGGAUGAUGACGAACCCUCCACUUAUGAACCUCCCACCAUGCCAUAUGACUUCUUCGACUUGGGCUUAAUACAGCGUAAAGCUGAAGGUGUUGGCAAUUUUCUGAUAUCACCAUUUGGAGUGAAAACCGCAAUAGGCCUCCUUGCAGAGGCUUCUACGGACACCACGCAGGUUGAGCUCAUCAAUGCAUUGGGCUUUCAAACCGACCGCUACGCAAAUCGAAAGAAAUAUUCAGAGAUUAAUAACUUUAUGAAGAUGAAUUCAACAGCCAACGUCAUGGAUGCAGGAAGUCGAAUAUACUUGAAUACGUCGAAUACUCCAAGAGCAAGAUUCGCGGCCAUUGCGCAAGAGUUUUACGGAACAGACCUAGUCAACUUGGAUUACUCAAACCCAACACUGGCAUCUCAGGAUAUCAACUCUUCAGGGUUUCAGGUGUGACGAAAGGCAGAAUUCCAGACCUCAUUACUGAAGCUGAAUUUCGAGAUGCGUCUCUGAUGGUGAUGAAUACGAUGUUCAUCCAUGGCACGUGGCGGCAUCAGUUCGAUUCCCGGAGGGCCACAGCUCGUGUGUUUUACUAUACGGCUCGGACCUCCAAGAUUUUGCCCUUUAUGAGGGUACAAAACACAUUCUACUACGCCGACUCUUUGGUAUUUGACGCGAAGAUCUUGAGGAUGCCGUUUUU